CCACAUGAUGUGCAUGGGACGACAACAGCCUUUCAUUACAAAACCGAUGCAAACGCUUUUAAAACCACUUUUAAGGAAAUCUAAAGGCAGGAAGAUGUUUUUUUCUUUACGCGCAAGAUGGAACGGGGACAAAUCGGACGCCUGAAACGUGAGAAGUGCGCCAAAUUGCGACUAUGACUUUACUGUUGAGUCUGGUGCGUUUGCAGCUUAUGAUCAGUAGAAUCGAGAUGCGCUGAACCCAACACAGUACAGGAUGUAUACAGAAACGCAACGCAGAGGGGAAUGAAAGACUGUUAUCUGUUAAGUGAAGGCUUUUGGCAAGCACUUGAGAAAAAGAGCGGAGAAAUCUUGCGCACCUCUUGCUGUUUCUCAAACGAACUGUCACACGCGCUCUUUCUGAACGGAGAGUCUGCUUUGGGAACAACAUGACACGGACGCGCUUCUGCUGUCAUUAACGGGGACAAAUCAAACCAACGCAGCGGCAAUCCGAUCAAUAGACUAUCGAUAGACUCAUAUAUAAGGCUAAUCAUCACGCCUGCUUAUGUUUGCUUAACCUGUUUGGGAGAGUAUGCUGUGGGACGAUGAACAAACUGCUGACCAGUCAUAUAUUCAUUGGGAAGAUCUGUGGGAGUCCAUGGGUCUAUUUCUGAGCUACUCAAGAGAUUUUUACAUUGAAAUUAUGAUAUUUGUCUUUCAAGAUGACUGCUGCAGUCAGCAUAGCGUUAGACAAACCAGUUCAACUAGUUGCUCAGAUUUCUGUGUAAGCACUCUCAGUUUGGCAUGGAAUUAUGGGGUGACUGCUCAAUCGACUCGGUGAAGAAGCCAUGGAUGUGAACUACUCCACGGUCCUGGACAGCAGUGUGACGCAGCGCAAUUCGUCGAAGCGAGUUCUCACUGGUUGUUUCCUCUCGCUUCUCAUCAUGACCACCCUGCUGGGCAACACUUUGGUCUGCGCUGCAGUCACAAAGUUUCGGCACCUGCGCUCAAAAGUCACCAACUUCUUUGUUAUAUCGCUGGCUAUUUCCGACUUGCUGGUGGCCAUUUUAGUGAUGCCAUGGAAAGCGGCCACCGAGAUUGUAGGGUUUUGGCCAUUUGGCGCCUUCUGCGAUGUAUGGGUGGCCUUUGACAUCAUGUGUUCCACCGCCUCCAUCUUGAAUCUGUGCGUCAUCAGCGUGGACCGCUACUGGGCCAUUUCUAGCCCAUUCCGCUACGAGCGCAAGAUGACACCCAAGGUGGCAUUCAUCAUGAUAAGUGUGGCGUGGACGCUGUCCAUCCUUAUAUCUUUCAUCCCCGUGCAGCUAAACUGGCACAAAGCCCAAGCGACCAGUUACACAGAGCUGAACGGCACCUACAGCGAGCCUCCCCCAGACAACUGCGACUCCAGCCUUAAUCGGACAUAUGCCAUCUCCUCCUCCCUGAUCAGUUUUUACAUUCCUGUGGCCAUUAUGCUGGUCACUUACACUCGCAUCUACCGCAUUGCCCAGAAGCAGAUACGCCGGAUCUCGGCACUCGAAAGAGCAGCUGAAAGCGCCAAGAACCGCCACAGUAGCAUGGGAAACAAUGGCAGUAUGGAGUCUGAAAGUUCCUUCAAGAUGUCCUUCAAGCGUGAAACCAAAGUUCUCAAGACCCUCUCAGUCAUCAUGGGCGUUUUCGUGUGCUGCUGGCUGCCCUUCUUCAUCUUAAACUGCAUGGUUCCUUUCUGUAACCCCAACGGGAGCUCUGACUUCUUGUGCAUCAGUUCUACCACCUUUGAUGUGUUUGUCUGGUUCGGUUGGGCCAACUCCUCACUCAACCCUAUCAUCUAUGCCUUCAAUGCUGACUUCCGAAAGGCAUUCUCCAUCCUGCUGGGCUGCCAUCGACUCUGCCCUGGCAGCAAUGCUAUAGAGAUUGUGAGUAUCAACAACAACGGUGGCCCUCCAUCCACUUCUCAGUAUCAGCGUAAGGGCCAAAUCCCCAAGGAGGGUAUCAACAGCAACUAUGUGAUCCCUCACAGUAUCCUCUGCCAGGAAGAGGAGAACCAGAAGAGGGAGGAUGACUCUGGGAUAAAGACCUUUGAGAAACUGUCACCUUCCAUGUCAGGCAAUUUGGAUAGCGAUGCAGAUGUCUCGCUAGAAAAGAUAAACCCCAUAACACAAAACGGGCAGCACAAAUCCAUAAUCUGCUGAGUAAUGGGUGAAUUCUGACCCCAACAAAGAAUCCUAGUUUCUAUAAAGUACGGAAUCCAAAAAAAAAAAAAAAAAAGCUUCACUGAAGACCUUAAAAACAUUUCUUGGACUACAUAAAACUUGUGGAAAACAAAAGAAUGUUCCAAUUGAAGGCACUUUAUGCUGGAUAACUAUCUGCAAAAUAUUCGCAGCAUUAAUGUUUGACAUUACCAGGUCAGUUAUGGCAAGACAUAAAUGGAAAGUAAUGUGAAUAAACCAUGUAUGCAUAUGUAUACAUGUUAUGCAUUUAAAAUGUGUAUACAUGCGCAUGUCCAUGUGGUUGUGGUAGAACUGCGGUUGUUAAUAUAAGGACAAGAGUUAGGUCACUAGUAAAAUAUCUUGUAGUUGAGUUUACGUAAAUGGCUCACGAGUAGAGAAAUUGGGUUGCGUCUACUGUCGACAAUAAAAUGUACAUAGUGUUGUUUAUAUUUUUCACCAUUUAUCAGAGCUGGCUAAGUCAACAUCUCCUAAUGCUGCUAGUUGUGAAAUUGUAUGUGCAAACCACCCCAUAAUGUAACUUGAGAGCAGUAGCCAUUCUCAUCCUAGUCACCUAUGUGUGCAUUGGUUUGAUGUCAAAGAAGUCGAAGAGCAGUGGGUUUUUCUGCUAUGCGAUUUAUCAGCUGUGGAAGUGGCCAUAAUAUUUGGAUGUAAUUUUUUAUAUUUUGAUGUCAAAGACCCCUUCCUUACCCAACCCAGCCCCCUUCCUCACUGCCAACCCUUCGCUUGUCACAGUGCAGGAGAGCACAGCGAAAAUACGAUCCCAGUGGUAAUCUCAUCGAUUUUCAUUAUUUGCACGCUUCAAAAGGGAAAAAUAUUUUAUUUUAAACCCUGUGCACAAGAGACAUGCUGGUGUACUUGUAUCCAUAAAAGUGUAUUUAAAUGAUAGAAGAAGCCUCAUGUGG